UAUAGUGUCUUCCAUGGCGUCUGAGAGGCGAGAUCCUUUUCCUGUAAUCCAUGAAGAGAACGGCGUUUCUAUUAAGACCGGUACAGUGGGUAUCUAUUCUAGUCCUCGUUCUGGCCGUUUGGGUGUAUUACGGUCGCCGUGGCGUCGAGGAUAUGGCUGCAGAAGCGUCUAAUUCGAUUUACGAGCUCACCGUGAAGGACAUCCAUGGAAAUGAUGUGCCCUUGAACAAUUAUGCUGGGAAGGUUCUUCUGAUUGUUAAUGUUGCCUCUAAAUGCGGUUUGACACAAUCAAAUUACAAAGAGUUGAAUAGUUUGUAUGACCAGUACAAAGAUCAAGGUUUUGAAAUACUAGCCUUUCCUUGCAAUCAGUUUUUGCAAGAACGGGGGACGAAUGAAGAAAUUAAGGAGACUGUAUGCACUAGGUUUAAAGCUGAAUUCCCAAUUUUCGACAAGGUUGAUGUCAAUGGAAAGAAUGCGUCGCCGUUGUACAAGUUCUUGAAGUCACAAAAAGCCGGUCUGUUGCUCAAUGCUAUCAAAUGGAACUUCACAAAGUUUCUGAUAAGCAGAUCAGGGAAAGUCGUGGCAAGAUAUGGUCCAUAUACAUCUCCAAAUUCGAUUGAGAAAGACAUACAGAAUCUCCUUGCUGAAUGAGACUGUAAUGAUCGUGUUGGAAACAUUAGGUAGCUGAAGUUUCUUUGCUCGAAUUUUCAAUUGAAACCCAUGACUCGGAAUGCUCUUUCAACCAAGUUAUGUAGCACAAGUGAAGAAGAAUAAGAUCUUGAGCUGCCAUGAAUAAUUUCCAUGUUCUUCUUCAUUUAUAGAACCUCAUCUAAAUUAUUCGAACUUUCUUUCAUUUUUA